GCGCUGAGGAGCUUCCCUGUGUGUUGGUUGCUGUUAGUGGAGUGGCCCCCGCGUGCGGCGGGACGUGGAAUAAAACACGGAUAUUCAAUCUCCAGAAGACGCGCUGAGAGGGUUUCUGAACACGGGUCGACGCCGUUCACAGCGUCUGACGACGAACGAGGAUGAGGUCCUUGCCUGCCUAGCGGAGCGUCCCUGCUAAAGAUGGCCGCAGAGAGGUUUUUCUGUUGUUACUUCCCUUGGCUCUGAAGGCUCCCAGUAGGCAUCUUCUCUGUGUGACAUGACUAACCCCACGUGAUCUGGCGUCCAUAAUGGCCUCCGUGGUUGCCAAUGGAAACAAAGAUGGGCAGUCUCUGGUGUUGAAAGGGGUGGACCCAGAGACAUGCAUGAUUGUGUUCAAGAACCACUGGGCUCAGGUUGUGAAGAUCCUGGAGAAGCAUGACCCGCUGCGCAGUAGCUCCACGCUGGGGGUCAUCGGCCUCGGUGCCGGGGCAGCGGGAGGCCCCCGCUUCGGUCCCAUCCCGGGGGACGAGGCAAGCGCCGUGCAAAACUACGUGGAGCACAUGCUUUUCCUGUUGAUGGAGGAGGAGAGCGGCCAAGAGGGCGCCAUGGGGCCCAUCCUGGAGUUCGUGGUGUUGGAGAACGUGAUGGAGCGCCUGUUCGUGUGGAGCCUCCGUAGGGAGUUCACCGAUGACAUGAAGCUGGAGCAGCUGAAGAUGUACGAGAUGCUGGUGGGCCAGGCGCGACAGCCGCUGCUGCAUCACAAACCCAUCCUGCGGCCCCUCAUGAUGCUGUUGUCGUCCUGCUCGGGCGCGGCGGCGUCAGCAGUGGAGGCAGAGCUGGUGCUGCUGCUCCACCAGCUCUGCUGCGUUUUGGCGAAGGACCCGUCCAUUCUGGAGCUGUUUUUCCACACCAGCGAAGACCAGGGGGCCACCAACUUCCUCAUUUUCUCCCUCCUCAUCCCCUUCAUCCAUAGGGAGGGCCCCGUGGGCCAGCAGGCCAGAGACGCCCUGCUGCUCAUCAUGUCGCUGUCUGCCGAGGAUGAGAGGGUGGCCAAGCACGUCUCGCAGAAUACCUUCUUCUGUCCGGUGUUGGCCACUGGACUGAGUGGGCUGUACUCAUCCCUUCCCACCAAGCUGGAGGUUUCCACCGAGGAGUGGCACUGCCUUCACAAGGAGGAGUGGCUCCGGAUGCCGUCCCUGGUCCAGUUUCUCAACUCACUGGAAUUCUGCAACGCUGUGAUCCAGGUCGCCCAUCACACCAUCAGAGACCAGCUGUUGGCUUAUAUCUAUAAUGGUUUCCUUGUACCUGUCCUUGCACCAGCACUGCACAAGCUGACUCUAGAGGAGGUGAUGACCACCACAGCAUACCUUGACCUCUUCUUGAGGAGCGUGACCGAGCCGGCCCUGCUGCAAACCUUCCUCUCCUUCCUCCUCCUCCACCAGCAUGAGGGCGUCUACAUUCUUGACACGCUGGUCAGCCGCAUCAACACACCCUUCCAGUUGGGAACUGUGUCCCUGGCGCUCUUUCGGACUCUGAUCGGCCUCUACUGCGAGGAUGUGAUGCUGCAGCUCGUUCUCAAAUACUUGAUCCCCUGCAACCACAUGAUGCUGAGUCAGAGACGAGUGGUGAGGGAGAGGGAUUUCUACUCAGGAUCUGCAGCCAAAAUCCUGGCACUGACGCCGUCCUGCUGCUCCCCGGACCGCAGCCCCCCGCCCCUCCGCCAGCUGGAGUCCAUCCUCUUUUCCAAGGGGGGGGAAACUCCAAACAACUCCAGCAACACAGACCAGCAGGGCAGCUGCUCAGAUGAGGACGACGGUUCUGGGAACCGCUGCACCAUCGGCUCAGAGAUCUACCUGGACGUCAGCUAUCUGCAUUACCUCUACGACGCCCGCCUCAGCAUCAGCAGCUGCAUCCGGGCCUGCCGUGUGUGGUCGGCGCCGUACGACGGCGAGAACCCUCCUCCGGAGCGGUACCAGGCGGGCGUCCUGGAGGAGCCAGCGCCGGAUGGCCGGCAGGCUCAGAGGAGAGUCCCGCCCCCACCGCCGCCGCUGCUGCUGCCGCCGCCUCGCCCCGUACCCACCUUCGCCCAGCUGGAGCUGGAGUGGGAUGACAGCUUUGACGCGUGUCCAGUACAGGAAUCUGAGGCCACCCUGGACCCCAAACCUUCCUCUGAGCCGCUCCCCAAGCACAUCCAGGACAUGAGGCGGUCGGCCAUCAUGCUGGUGAAAGGCUCGUACUCUGAGGAGAGCGACUUUCAGGAUGACGUCAUGGUGUACGACCUGGUCGCCAAGAAAGACGCCUCAGAGAUGGAGCCGUCGCCACCGUUAGACGAGGCCCCGUCGGCCUCUCCGAUGAACGGGCUCAGUAGAACCCUGACGGCCGAUAGCGCAAAGAACAGCUUAAAGGCCAAGGUCAAAGGUCAGACUGACUGCAACGGGAACAUGCAGAAGGCCACUAACACCAGUGAGGAUCUUCUAGCUCAGUAUGAGGAGCUGAUCCGUUCGCUGGUCAGCGAGGCAGGUGGGAAACCGGCGAGGGCUGAUGGAGAGGUGAGGAAAACUGCAGCAACAGAGGAAGAGGAGGAGGAGGAAGAAAUGGACUUCACUUCCUUUACAGCUGAAACUCCAGAGUCAGAGAAGCCACAAUCUCCAGUGGGGGCCAUACAGAGGUUCAGGAGUGGAAGCUGCAGAGGAAAUUACGCUUUACCUUUCACAGGUCCCUUCAUCAGCGUGCUGCUGUCCCGCCUGGAGAACAUGCUGUCCAACAGCCUUCAUGUCAACCUGCUGCUGACAGGGAUUCUGGCCCAGCUGGCCGCUUACCCCCAGCCGCUGCUCCGCUCCUUCCUGCUCAACACCAACCUGGUGUUCCAGCCCACCGUCCGCUCGCUUUACCAGGUGUUGGCGACUGUGAAGAACCAGAUAGAAGAGCUGGCCGCCUGCAGAAAGGACUUCUCAGAGCUGAUCACUGUGGCUCAGCACUGGCUGCUGGCCAGGGAGGCCUCCUUCAUCACCACAGAUAAAACCAGCAGCGGCGGGUCCAGCCAGUACGAAGGAGGAAGGAUGCUGAGGAACUCCCCGCCUCCCAAACCCAAAGACAUCUCUGUGGAUCAGACGGAGGUCUUCGCUACGGUCCUCUUCUCCGAGUUCCUCAAAGAACUGGCAGCCAUCGCUCAGGAGCACUCCAUCCUGUCCCACGUUCCCCUGGAGGAAUAGGAAGCCUCGUCAGUGCCUUUUCAGGUACUGUUUAAUUAAUCAAAGGGUUUCCCCCCAGUUUUUUUAUAGAAAGAUUUUGAAGAUAUUUAUUUUUUCAAACAUAUCAACUUUGAUUGACUUCCAUCCUCCUGCCUCUGCGAAGCCUGGAGACAAACUGCAGCUCCUCCCACCAAAGACUUUUAUAUUUUUCCACACGUUUUCUGAACCGUCUGAAUGUUUCCUGCAACCAGCCGCAGCGGCGACACGCUGCUCUCUGCUUUCUUUUCUUUCUCAGACGUUGUGUUUAAGCACUGCAAAAACACAAAAUAUCACCAAGUCAUUUUGAAUUUCUGGUACAAAUAUCUUAGUGGACCUGAAAUAAGACAAAACUAAUUUACAAGUAACUUUUCAUCAAGAAACAGGAGCUUGAUUGAAUCAGUGCUUCCUUUAUAUUUGUUUUUGAAACGUACUAGUUCCACUGGCAGAUUAUUUCACUUAUAGUAAUACAUGUUUCUUAUGUUAUAAGUGAAAUAAUUUCCAGAUUGAACUAGCACCUUUUCAUUAAUAUUAAGAAAUUAUUGAUGUAAAAUAAGCCCCUAUAUCUUGCUGAAAAGUUGAUUGUAAGUUUGGUUCCACUUAUUUCAAACAUACUGAGAUAUAUGUACUAAAAAUUAGACCAAAAAUACUUGCUAAUAUUUAGCGUUUUUGCGGGGUAAUAUUCAACGUCGACUUAAGUUGCUUUUUGUAGAUACCGAGACCUUUAAAGAAACACUUCCAGCUACAGCUGUUACAAGUUGAGUCCAAACUGCCUACAGAUUUCACAAAGUGCAUUAACAGUCUUCAGGUUCAGACGUUUCGGUGCUAAAUCACCGCGGCGCCUCAGGCACCUCGUUCCUUUUCUGACCCGCUAUUGGCGCUGUACAUUUUCCACGAUUACUAACACCUCUUGUAGAAAUAAUAUAUCUGAAAAAAAAAAAACUUGAAAUAAAUGCAGCUGUGAUUGCAGCAGCAGAAUCAAAUAAUAAUAAUAAAAACUUCCAACCUUUACAUUAAAUAUAUUUAUGUAAAGGUUCCUGAAAAUAUAUUCAGGAAGGAUAUAUUUUUUCAAGAUGGGUUGUAUUUACCAAAAUCCCCAACAGCUACUGUAAAAUAUGCGUAGCUAAACAUUUUGUAUGAAUUCAUAGUUUUAUCUCUUAUGUGUUGAGUUGACUGUCUUGUGUGAAUAUUUAUAAUUCAUCAUGUUUGACAUCUUUAUCUCUUGUCUGCCUGGCGUGAAACACGCAGCCCACACUGCAAAAACACAAAAUCUUACCAAGUAUUUUGGUCGAAUUUCUGCAAUAUUGUACAUUUGAAAUAUGACAAAACUAACUUGCAUGUAAAUUUUCGGCAAGAAAUGUGAGCUUGUUUUAUGUCAAUAAGUUCUAAAUAUUGAUACAGAAUAGGCUGAUUAUUUCUCUUAUAACCUGGGGAAACCAAUACUUUUUCAUUAUCAUUACAGAAUUUCUAAUUCUUAAGAAUUUUGCUAAAGUUUCGUCUUAUUUCAAGUUUUCCAAGAUGGUCUAAGAUGUUUGCACUAGAAACUAGAAAAAAAUACUUUCUAAGUUGUAUUUUUUUCCAGUGGAGAGAUCCACUUUGCUCAGCCACAAUUCACAACGUGAAAAACAAGAAGACAUAACAGUCUUUGUCCUGGUCCUGGUUAGCUGACCAAGUGGUUAAAUUAUUUCACUUAUGGGAAAAAUGUCUUCAAGGUGAAAUUGUCUGCCAAUUCUUAACUUUAAACAAUUUACUAAAUGUUGCUCAACAGUUCAAUAUGGGUUAGUUUUGUCUUAUUUAUUGUGCACUAAGAUAUUUGCACUAGAAAGUAGACUGAAAUGACUUGAUUUGUUUUUGUAUUGUGAGCAUUCAACAUGAAAGAAUCUUCUUCUGGGCAGACAGAGUGUUUGCAUACUUUAGCCAGGAUUAAUCACUGUACAUGUUGUAUCAAUCCCAUAACAGCAUCAGACCCGUAGUAAACAUGCUGGAACUUUAGACCUCAUUUUCAUACACAAGGCAGAUGUGCAAUAAUGUGGAACUGAUGGAAGGAUCUUCGGUCACCACGUCUCCUCAACAUUUAAUCAUCAUCAUGUAUUUAAGACUUCUGCGCUCUUUCAGCUUUACAAGGGGUGCCAAAAGAUGCCGUCUUUAUCUGUGUGUACAGAAGAGCAGAGCCAGGUUCUCCACUGCUGUAUGUAAUGUGCCUUUCACCUUUACCUGUUUAUGAUGUCAUAAGGAAAAUGUUCUGAGGAAAAAACACUAUGCAAAUGAAAUGUACUGGGGAUGUUAGUUCACUGUGAUUACGGGUAGGGGUAUUUAAAAUGUUCGUUGAGUGUUUUUUUUUUUUUUUUUUUUUUUGUCACUUUCUUUCUCUUGCUUGUGAAAAGGCGUUUUAAAGCUUUUAAAGCAUAAAAUCACUUUAUGGAGGGUUGAUGCUCAUAUAUGUCCAGUGUAAUCUUAUGGCACAAUAAUGAUUAUCUGGGCAUGAAAAUGAAAUAAAAGUGUUUUAUAGACCUUG